AUGCAGCCGUUCAUUGGGCACUUGAAGCUGCCCGUGCGGCGGCGACACCGCGCGCGAGUCCAGUACUUGUCGACGCAACGGAUCCACGAAAGCUCGGGAAAGUUCAGCCUCGACGUCGUUGGGCCCACCGAUUUGAGUCUAGUCGCCAACACGAACAAGACCCCCAACGCAACCACGGCACGAGGGAAUCCGCCGUCGACGAAAGCGCCGAUGAUGGUGGACCACACCCAUGCCCCGCUCGACGUCGUGCGCGUACACACGAGAAUGUGUGGACCAACAUUUGUGUCGGUCGUACGAGCCGUCACACGGGUGGACGAGGUGGCGUACCGCCUCGAUAACGAGACGGCAUCGCAUGUGCUGUACUACCGCCAAGUGGGCGUCGAUAGCCCAACGAACGGAUGGAAGGAGCUGGGGCCUGGCAAAUCCACCGUGUACGUGUGGGCGGAGCCUUUGGCCCUCCAUCAGCUGUCCAUUUGCUUGCGCCACGAAGACGCGGCGGCGCGGCCGUCGCAACGGCAGCUCUGGACCACCCGUGCCACGAAACUCAACGGGCUUCUCUUGGCUCCACGAAAACAAAGCACGGGCAUCGAGUUGAAAGGAAUGGGCAGUGGUAGUGGGGGGGGGCGAUGGGCCACGCCACCACCUACGUCGGCCAAACCCCAAUCGUCUGCGGGCGCGCAACCACCGACUUCCCAGUAUGUCCAUCAUGCCAAACAGUUUGGCUAUGCAUCGUCGUUGCUGUCGGAGCGGAAAGGUCUGGGCUUGGACGACGUUGAGGCCAUCCAUUUGGAUGUGAUCGGGCUCCAAAUGGCGCUGGUCCGGCCGACCACCACGGCAUCCACCGCGACAUCGCUUGGCGGUGCUUCCUCUGGCAACUCCACCCACUCGACGACGCCACAAGGCGCCGAGACUACGAAACUCGUGAACCAUACUCUCUUAGCUCCGUCGGACCUCCUCUCCAAGCCGUUCCUGCAAAAACCAAAGCGCCACACGAGCUACGCGCGCAUUGAGAACGACGGCGUCACGCGGGUGUUGCGCGUGCGGGACACGACCGGUCUCGACGACGAGAAAGCUAGAUUUGUCAAGGAAGAAGCGCGGGUCCAGCGGUUGCUGUUUCACCUGCUCGCGCUGCAAUGCGGGUCAGCGUUUGCAUCCGUUCACUUGUCCGCAGAACCGGGCCAUCUUCGCCGUGGGUUGUCCCCGUUGGUGGACCACAAGCCAAGGUCGACGCCGUUCUCUUCGGGGCACCGCCGCACGGCCUCGGCUGUUGCGUCGACGCGGUCCCAGUCGUCCCCAUUGUGCUCCUCGACCUCUGCCAUGCACCGAUCGUUGCGAACGUCGUCGUGUGUCCACGAGAGUGUAUUGCAGAAGGAUGGCAGCAACAUGGGUGGCCUCGACGAGUUGGGGGGCCGUGGGGGGGCGAUGGGCUUGACACUGUUUCAGUCGAUGAUGGAGCCCCCUCCCACGGCAGCAAUCCACCGAACGGAGGCGGCAAACCGAGCCUUGUACGACCGAAUCGUACCUUACAUGACCACGCCCGUGCUAGAAGACGUGAAUCAAGUGCUGAUCCAAGUUGUGUCUGCGUCGGGACUCAAGGCUGCGGCGCCCGCCGACGGCGGGUGGAGCAACCCGUACUGCAUCGUCACGAUGGCCCCGACAGCGAACGGUUCGACCGCCACGAUCAGUUGUGGUGGACACCCUGGCCCAUCCAGUCGCUUUGCCACGAUCGCAUCGUCCAAGCUCACGUUAGCCAUGGCAAAGCGGAUGGAGCAGCGCACAUACUACAUCGAGCGCACGAUGGACCCGGUGUGGCGAGACCAAGUGUUUUUGUUCGAGAAAGCACACGGCCCCGACACCCCGUGCACUGUCCAAAUCGACGUUCGGUCGCAUUCACCGCUGGGAAAGCAUGUUUUCCUGGGGCGCGCGGUCGUUGGCAUUGACGGCGGCGCGCUAGCCAAACACGUCACGAUCAAGUUGGUCGGAGCCAAGGCGCACCACGUCGUGACGGGUACAAUCGACGUUGUGGUCGAGACAGCGCGCACGCAAUCCCAACUCGUCGAGUACUGGUACCACCAAUUGCGGCAGCGGGCUCAAGUCUUGAGCGCGCAGUUGGUGUACCUUCGAUCGAGGGUACGCCAGAUCGACAUGGAGCGCGCGAUGGAGCACAAGCGCAAGCUGAACGUGGCGGCCGAGCCCCACUCGAAGCAAGUCAAAGGGCGGACCAAGGCCAAGGCGCUGUUGCUCCAGAACAAAGAUAAACUCGUCGCCCACAAGAACAAACUCAAGGACAAAUGGACGCAGCAACUCCAGCAACUCCAGCACCCCAUCCACAUGAACGAGAAAUUGGCGCAUUUUCGGGACGUCGCCGAGAAGCGAUGGCUCCAAGAAGUCAAGAAACUUCACAAAGCAAACGUCCGCACGAGCAUCUUGCACGUCAAGCGGUUGUUUGCCAAGGAUAGCACGUCGUCCGCCGGUGGUGCAAGUGCGGCUACCGGACGCGCUGCCAAGGAUCAUGGCGGGCUCUCUUUCAAGGCAUCCAUGAACAAAUUUCGCAGCGUCCACCACGUCAAGCCACACCAAUCUGCCAAUUCCAACACCGACUACGUCGACGAGAUCAAGCGGUGCUACCGCCGGCUCGUUCGUAGCGGAGGGAAUGUCGUCGUGGGGGUGGCAGAAGGGCGGCACUUUGGUCGGCUCGGCGUCGACAAAGUCCACUGCGUCGUGCUGUGCCAAGACACGACCUUCGUCACACCCAAGGCCAAGGCGGAGGACGUGGUCAUGUGGCCAGCGGGUACGGCGGGAGCGAGCCCUGUGCCAAAGAUUCCCCUUCGGCGGCACCGCGGGGAGUUGGUCGUGCAUGUCGUGGGGACGUCGAAACGAGCGUCGACCGGGCGGAUCGUCGGCCACGUUCGCGUGCCCAUGGACGUUGCGCUCGACUACUGCGGCCGACACGGCGGGACAUUCUCGACGUGGUUUCCGAUAGCUCCCCUCGCCGACGCGGCGCCGUUGGAGCUCGAUCUGCACAAACUCGUCCACCCCGUCGAGAUGAAGCUCGGGUACUCGUCACCGCCGUCGUCCGCGCCUUGCAUCCACCUCUCGAUGACGUACGAGCCCGAGCAGUCGAGCUUUGUGCUGGGCCACGUCCGUUCGUAUGUGAGUGUGGUUGUGGGCGAGCUGGCGCUGUCGUUGUCAGCUCCCGUCUCGGCCAUGGACCACUCGAAAGACAACACGGUCGAGACCCAUGAGAUGCUUCGGAUUUCGUUUGCUGGGAUUGACGUGAAGUGCCUCACGUCGUCCAAGCAAUGCCAGUGGACGGUCGACUUGGAUUCGUUCCAGGUCGACAAUCAGCGCAGCGCCGCUCUCAACCAGACGGACGUGCCCGUGAUGGUGUCCCGCGCGAGCCACGAGAUGGCGUGCGGUGGAACCGCCAAACCCGUCAAGCCUUUGCUCCAGGCCGUCGUGAUCACCCAUCCAAGAAAGGACCAGCAGCAGCACGUCGACACUUCUUCAUCGUCUCGUCCGACCGGCGGGUCCCCGACCAACUCUACUGGCCGGCGAGGAGGACCCACCGGGUUGAGUACCGACACCGCGGCUCGCCACAUCACCCACAUUGAGCUCGUGGCCCUUUCAAUCGACGAAACGGACUGGACAUUUGACGAGGUCAUGUUGCGGACAUUGUACGAUGUGUGCGAGCGGCUGUACGACAAGCACCAGCCCGUCUUUGGCAGUGCCAUUGGCGCGGGGGCAAGUCCGGUCGGCGCAGUCGUCGCGCCGGCGAUCGCAGGCAUCGCGUCCGUGUAUAUUGCCCGUCUCGACGUCCGACCGUUCAAAUGCAACGUCACGUUUCGAAAGUCGACGUCGUACGCGCCAACGACGGCCGCCGCGAUGCCAAACACCCAUCGCAAGGCCAAGUUUAUGCAUUCGUUUGUGGCGGCGAUAUUCAACCUUGCCAACACGAUCGAGAACGCACCGCUCGAGUUUAACGCGCUGCGACUGGACCAUGAAAUAACAGACUUCCACCAUCUCCAAGAUCACGUGUUCCAGCACUACACGACCAAUGUCCUGCGGCAGCUCUACAAACUCAUUGGCUCGAUGAACUUUAUGGGGAACCCGGUGGGGCUUGCGGCGAACGUUGCCGGUGGGGUGCGCGACUUUGUCGUGCAGCCGUACGCGGGGUUGACGUCUGGGGGACCAUCCGGGCUUGUCCGGGGACUUACAAAAGGCACUGCGUCUCUGCUGGGGCACACCGCGUUCGGUCUCUUUGAUACGACGUCACGGAUGACGGGCGCGAUGGGAAACACGGUCGUGGCGUUCUCUCGGGAUCGUGUGUUCAAAGCCAAGCGGAACGUGUACGCGCUGGCGCGGCCCACGACCCGUCGCGAUCAGCUUCGUUUGGACAUCCAGAAACUCAAGCACGACGUGUGCUCGGGUAUCAUCGGGGGGCUCACCGGCCUCGUUCUGGAUCCGAUACGAGGAGGCCGGCGGGGGGGCCUGCGGGGCUUUGCCGGAGGCGUGGCCCAAGGCCUGUCGGGCGUCCUUGUCAAGCCCGUCGUCGGCGCCAUCGAUUUGGCUACCCACGUCGUUGAAGGCGCGCGCGAUGUUGCCGGGCUUGCCUUCGGAACGAAAAAGACGGCCUUCGAUAAGCUACGAAAACGCAUGUCCCAUGUGUUUGGCGCCGACGGUCGAUUACUGCCCCACGACGCGUCCGAGAUAUGGAGCACGGCGGUUGUCGCCUACCUGCACGCCACAUCGCGACAACAGCAUGCCACGUCGGGUGUUCAUAAGGUCACUGACAUGGACCCGCCCAUGCAACUCGUAUGGGCGACGGCAUUCAAGACAGACGUGGGCCGUGUGAGUCUGGUUGUGGUGCGAAAGUGCGAGUUGCUGUGCGCCGAGAUAUCGACGGCCAACUGGCAGCAGCCGCGGUUGCUGUGGCGCGUGCCGACGGAUCGGGUCGCAUUUGUCGAACGCGUGGCAGCCGUCCACUUGGCUGUGCACUUUCGACGGAGCGUCGAGGACCAAGCCCGGCCAUUCAAAGUGGCCAAAACGACGCCCGCCAAGCGCGGCCUCCAUCGCCCUCGGGCUGACAGCUGCCCGUCCCCCAAGCUGUGCAAAAUCGACGGCAGCAGCAGCGAGACAUGCAACAAGGACGACAUCGAUGACCUAGACACGGUCGAAGUGGUCGUCACGGCCGCAUGGGAAGACGCGCGGCACUUCGAGCGCGACGCUGCCAAGAUGGCUCAGCUCGUGGCGGUCUUGCGUCACCAGUAUGCAUUUGUAGGUUCCAUCCGGGAUGACGUGGACGGGGAUGGCGACGACGCGUCCGAACGACGGACGAAAUGGGUGGUCGACCCGCCGACGCUUCCAUCGACCACGGCGCUGCAGCAGUUUGCAUUCCAGCGCCUCCACGUAACGCAGGAAACACUCAAGACGCAGUACUGCGUCAAUGACGAAGACCUAGCAAAGUUGGAGCGAUGUCCAUGGACUGAAUUCGAUGGCCACGACGCAGUCAGGUUGUGGGCUGGGUGUGCCGACCCACCUUCCAAUGGUGCGUUGUCAGCUCCAGCAGGGGCCGAUGCGAAGAAAGCAGGGGCGAAACCACGAGCCCCGUCUUUGGUCACGCCGGGCUCCACACGAUGA